AUGAAGCUUCUCUUCUCUCUUGAAACCGGCAAGGCUUCGGCGCCUGCGUCGGGGCUUAUCAACGCGAUAAACGAUGCGGGCAACACCGCGCUGCAUUGGGCUGCUCUCAAUGGACACCUCGAAUGUGUAAAGCUACUGGUUCAGGCCGGUGCCGAUGUCACGAUAAUCAACAAGGCUGGCCACGACGCCGUAUUCGAAGCGGAGAUCAACGACAAAGGCGACGUGGUCGAGUGGCUGCUUGGGGCGGUCGAAGAGCUGGAGAAAGGUAUCGGGCAGGCAGGCGAAUCAUCAGGCGGAGAACUUCGGUUCGCGAUGGGGGCCGCUUCGCAAGGCGAGCCAGCCCUGAACGGCUCCAGUGGGACGAGUGCCGAAGGUCCAGUGGAAGACGUAAGAAGGCAAAUGGACAAUAUGGAUACCAAGGACGCCUCAAAAGACGGUUGA